CCCCUUCAGGGUCCUCUUUGCUGUUACCAUGGCAGCAGCUUUUUUUCUUCUCUUCAGAAUCCAAUGCUCACUGUGUGGGACAACAUGAGCUACAAGGCAAGAAAGUGUGGGGUACGCUUUCAGUCCCCUGCCAUCAUCCUGGUGUAUGAAGAUGAGAUGACCGGAAAAUCUCGGCAGCGUGUCAUGCCCAUCAGAAACUUCUCCAAGUUUUCAGACUGUAGCCGAGCAGCAGAACAGCUGAAAAACAACCCUCGCCACAGGCAGUAUUUAGAAAUGGUCUCUCUGAGGCAGCUGGAAAAAAUUUACAAACUGUUAAAAGGGCACCUAAAUGGGCAGAGCCUGGAGGCAACCCUGGAGGGAAUUCGAAGGGGUGAAACUGUAGACCCCGAGGAAGAUCUGAAUAAACUAGAUGACAGGGAGCUGGCUAAAAAAAAGCAAAUAAUGGAUGACCUAUUUGAGAAAAACAGAAAGAAGAAGGAUGACCCAGAUUUUCAGUACGAUGUAGAGGUGGACUUUACCCAUGAUGGACCAGUUGAGAGUUGUGGUUGGGAUGACGAAUCUGAUGAAGGUUUCUGA